AUGGACAAUGUCCAGCCACUGAUUCAUCAGAGAAAACAAUCACCUUUGAAGGAACUGCAUGAUGUGAUCUCUCAUAAUAUUAAUGUGGGAGCUGAGGUUGAAUAUGAUGAGGGCAAGAACAAACUCAAUGAAAGUGAAGAAGAGGUCUCAGUGGACCAGGUUUUUAGUAAUGUGGUCAAAGAAGCUGGCAUCUCACCAAGAUCUAGACAGAAAGGCUCUAAGAAAGGAAAGAAACAAAUAAUCACAGAUACUAUUCCUAUAAGAGUGGAUCUAGAACAACAGAUUACUAUAAAGCUAUUUUUCCAAGAGUGGAAUAAGUCACUUAUGGUAACUAUGGUCUAUGCAAAGUGUGAUCAUCUGGAAAGAAUCAGUUUAUGGGAUAGUCUGUAUAAUUUGGUUGAUCAAAUGGAAUUGCCUUGGUUGGUAGGGGGUAGUGACUGUAUUUUCAAGAGAUUAAAUAGAAUGAUUGCAAACUCUAAAUUACAAGAUUGGUUUGCACAUAUGGAGGUGCAACAUUUAUCCAGAACUGGCUCAGACCAUGCCCCUUUACUACUUUCGUGUGGUGAAUCUUCACAUCACAUAAGGAAGCCUUUCAGAUUUCUAAAAUUCUGGAUAGAACAUGAAUCCUUCUUAGAGGUGGUUAAUCAGGCAUGGAUCACAGAUUUUGAAGGGGAUGAUUUUAUCAGAUUCAAGUUGAAAUUGAAGAAUGUGAAAUCUGUCUUAUCUGCUUGGAGUAAGGCAACUUUUGGUGAUAUUUUCAAGCAACUAACAAUAAGGGAAGAGGUGGUGAGAAUUAAAGAGCAAUGUUUUGAAGAGGACCCUACUCCUAUGAAUAGGAUGGUCCUACAGCAAGCACAAGCAGCAUUGAAAAUGUAUGUUCAUUAUGAGGAAGAAUUUUGGAGACAAAAGUCACAUAUGACUAGUUUUGCUGAGGGUGACAGGAAUACAAGGUACUUUUAUAGUAUUGUGAAUGGUAGGAGAAAGAGAUUGCAAAUCAGAAGAAUUCUGAAUCAACAAGGAGUAUGGAUAGAAGGGGAAUCACUUUUGGCAGAAGAAACUUGUAGAUUUUACCAACAGCAGUUCUCCCAAGAGGUUGAUCCUUUAGAUUUUCAAUUACUACAACAUGUUGCUAAUAUGGUGGAUCAGGAUACUAAUAAUCAGCUGGUAAGCAUGCCAACUUUAGAGGAGGUGAAGAACGAUGUAUUUGAAUUAUCUGCAGAUAGUGCUGGUGGUCCAAAUGGUAUGAUUGGAAUAUUUUAUCAGUCUGGAUUUGUUAAGGGAGGAUGUAUCAUUGAAAAUGUCCUUCUAACUCAAGAAGUUGUGACUGACAUUAAAUUAAGAGGAAAACCAGCUAAUGUUGUACUUAAGCUUGAUAUGGCUAAAGCAUAUGAUAGAGUAUCAUGGAGUUACUUGAUCAGAGUUUUAAGGAAGAUGGGAUUUGCAGAAAUUUUCAUAGAUAUGGUUUGGAGACUGAUAGCAAAUAAUUGGUACUCCAUACUCCUUAAUAGUCAAGCUCAUGGUUUCUUUCAUUCCACCAGGGGUGUAAAACAAGGAGAUCCUCUCUCUCCUGCUUUGUUCAUCUUAUCUGCUGAAGUUUUAUCUAGAGCAUUGAAUUCUUUAUUUGAGAAUAAUGACUUUAGAAGUUAUGGAAUGCCCAAAUGGAGUGCAAAUCUGAAUCAUUUGGCAUAUGCAGAUGACAUAAUAAUUUUUUCAUCUGCUGAUGCUAGAUCUUUGGACUUAAUUAUGGAGGUACUAUAUGCAUAUGAGCAGGUAUCAGGCCAACUUAUAAAUAAAGGUGGAGGCUAUUUACCUUUUACAUAUUUGGGUUGUCCUGUCACACAUUCAAGGAAGAGGAAGGCUGAUUACAAUGAUCUGAUCAAGAAAGUCAAGAAUAGGCUGCAGACUUGGAAAGGAAGAUUGCUAUCAUUUGGAGGAAAAGCUGUUCUAAUCAAUAAUGUAUUGAUGAGUAUGCCAAUACAUCUGUUGUCACCCAUCAAACCUCCAAAAUGUGUUAUCAAUGAUAUGCACAAAAUCUUCUCAAGAUUCUUCUGGAAUAAUAGUGAGGAAGGCAGAAGAAGACACUGGUCAUCAUGGCUAAACUUGUGUAAGCCAGAAGAGGAAGGAGGAGACAACAAAUACUCUAUAGGCAAACUACAUGUGGAUCAAAUAUUGCAAGGGAAGGGAAGUUCUCAAGUAUGGAAGGCUAUGAUAGAGGCUAGAGAUAAUAUAGAGCAAGAAAUAUGGUGGGAACCAAGGAGUGGAACUGCAAAUCCGUUGUUUCCUAGGGAUAUUGUGGAUCAUAUAUUAGAAGAAUUGCACUUUCAUGAACUAAAAGAAGAGUGGGAUAUGCCAAGAUGGAUGAUGACAGCAUCAGGGAAAUUUACUGUAGGCACUGCAUGGGAAUUACUGAGGAGCAAAGCAGUCAAGUCAGAUGUCUUUAAGAAUAUAUGGAUAUCAGGGGUACCUUUUAAGAUAUCUUUCUUUUUCUGGAGGUUGUGGAAGUACAAAGUACCAGUUGGAGAGGUAGUAAGAAGGAUUGGGGUAGAUACUAAGGCAACCUGUUAUUGCUGUGAUCAUAGGCAAUAUGAAACUGUGGAUCAUUGGUUUGUUACAGGAAAUGUUGCCACAAAAGUGUGGACUUAUGUUAAAACUGCUGUUGGCAUUACAACACAGUUUCAACAAGUCAGGCAGCUCCUUCAAAUCUGGUGGAAUACAGAUUGUCCCUCAAAGUUCAGAACCAUCUUUAAAGCCAUUCCAAUGGUCACCAUGUGGCAGUUAUGGAAGUGGAGGAAUACAUUCCUACAUGGAGGGAGGAUGUCCAUCAACAAAGUGAUUUAUGAGAUAAACAUGAUCAUAUAUCAAAUGUGUAAAAUGAGGUUUCCAGGGCAGAACAACUUACCAAGAUGCAUACCUCAAAUUCUACAGAUCUUUGAAGCAUACAGGCCAAGAAUUGUAAGCAAGAUAGUGAAAUGGGAUUUCCCUAAGCCUGGAUGGUAUAAAUGUAAUUAUGAUGGAGCUUCUAGGGAAAAUCCUGGACCAAGUUCUGUGGCAUUUUUUAUUAGAAAUGUUUCUGUUACCAGUGGUGUUGGAAACAGAUUCAAUGACUAUGAAGAUGAUCUUAACUGGUGA